UGAACAGCCUAGAGUGCGCACACACCCCCUACAGUCACCAGUGACUCAGGCAGCUGGGAUUCAUGUGGAAACAGGACAUGUGAGCUCUAGCAGGGGAGGGACAACUGGGAGGAAGGAUCCCUGUGUUCAGAGAACUCCAACAUCCAGGCACCUCUAGCCUGAACACGGACAGACAGGGUGUAUACACACCAAGCCCUCCUAGCCAGGCCUAUACAGAGUGUGAGAGCUCCUGGCCCUAUCAUGAAAUGUCUACCCUACCACAAGGCUGCCUGCCUAGGACCCAGGAAACCUAGGCACUAUCUAGAAGGUUUCCCUCAGAAAGGGGCCAAUCUGGGCGAGGAGGAACCUCCUCCAGCCCCAGGGUAGGGGCAGGGUGUCCUGUAGCCACGCCCACCGGCGGGGAGGUAUUAGCCGACAGAAACAAGUACCCAGACUUGUCGACCUGCCCAGCCCAAGCCAGCAGCUGCCAUCCAUGGGGAACAGCCACUGCAUCCCUCAGACCCCCAGAAGGCUACGGGCCUCCUUUUCCAGAAAGUCCUCGCUCAAGGGAAACAGAGAGGACAGCGCCAGGAAGCUGGCUGGCCUGUUUGGCACCGAGGCUAGGCCUGAUGGGGACACCGCAGCUAACAAGAUCUUCCACUACAUACCUGGGACGGACAUCCCGGCCCUGGAAAAUCAGCCAGAAAACCUGGAACAGCCGUUCCUGAGUGUAUUCAAGAAAGGGUGGCGGAGGACACCUGUGAGGAACCUAGGCAAGGUUGUGCACUAUUCUAAAGUUCAGCUGCGGUUCCAGCACAGCCAGGACAUCAGUGACUGCUAUCUAGAGCUGUUCCCCUCCCACCUGUACUUCCAAGCUCAUGGCUGUGGAGGGCUUACAUUCCAGGGGCUGCUACCACUGACGGAAUUGAGCAUCUGCCCGAUUGAUGGGUCCAGAGAGCAUGCCUUCCAGAUUACAGGCCCACUGCCUGCUCCGCUCCUUGUUCUCUGCCACAGUGAGGCUGAGCUCAGCCACUGGCUCUACCACCUGGAGAAACAAAUGGCUCUCUUGGGGGGUCUGCGACGCUGCCACUCAGCACCCCCACAGGGUCCUCUGGGGGAUGAACUCCCCUGCACCCAGCUAUGGAGAGGAUCUGAGUAUGAAUCCAUGGGCAGCGCAAUCUGUGCCUCAAGGGUCAAGCUGCAACAUUUGCCCUCCCAGGAGCAGUGGGACCGGCUUCUGGUACUAUAUCCAGCAUCCCUGGCCAUCUUCUCUGAGGAGCCAGAAGGGCUCAGCUUUAAGGGAGAGCUCCCACUAAGUGCCGUCCACAUUAAUCUAGAAGAGAAGGAAAAGGAGAUCCGCUCCUUUCUUAUCGAAGGCCGCCUCAUCAACACCAUCCGUGUGGUAUGUGCCAGUUAUGAGGAUUACAGUCAGUGGCUGCUCUGCCUCCGGACUGUCUCUCACAGGGAUGGAGCUCACCUGCUGCCUGGCCCAGAGAGUUUCCCAGGAUUACAUAGACCCACACAGGUUGUGGGUAAAGGCCGAGGUUCACUCUCUUCCGAUGGACGAACCAGCUGGAAAUUAGAAUGUCCAGUGUUCCCUACUAGCCAGUCCCUCCCUGAUUCCUCAGGGCCAACCACUAUAGGCUUCCCUGCCCAGCCUGUAUCUAGCCAGACCAACUCAAACUGUGUCACCACUGGCCGAAAGAAGAUAGAGUUGAGGCGCAGUGUCAGCAGCCAGUCUCCCAGGGGCAAAACUCGAAGGGGGAUAUCUGGCUCAGCUGUCCCACUGCCCCUGCAUCUGGACCUGACCAAGACGAGUGCGCUGGACCUAGACAGUGGCCCAGAGGCUCAGGAUCACUCUUCAGACAUACCACACUCUCCGCUCUAUGCUGAUCCCUACACGCCACCAGCUACAUCUCACCACAAGAUUACAGACAUCCAAGGCCUAGAUGAGUUCCUCUGUGCGAUGCAGACAUCAGCUGGACCUGACCUAUCAAGCCCGUUCCCCUCAGUCUCCGUGUCUGUGCCUGUCUCAGACUCCAGCUCCCCUGGGCCUCUGGGCUCCCACUUGCUCCCCAGGAAAGGUGCCCCGCAGUCCAGAGCUUCCCAGAGACACCGGGGUUCCAUCAAGAGCAGAGGGCCAAAGCCCUCAGAUUUCCCUCAGCCUGUCACUCCUGCCAAAGAGGAUACACCCAGUUCUCUGCCGCCUCUCCCAGAUGAAGAGGCUCCUGUCUGGAACAAGACUUCCUCUCCCUCCCACCAGAAGUGGCCGCAGGUCAGGAAGCCUGCAGUGGAGGGGGGAUUCAUCCAGUGGAUCUGAUGACCCCCAGGUGGGCUGCUUCUCAGAAAUACAACCAGCCAGCACCAACCUGGAUAAGAGCAUGCAGUUACGCUAGUCCUUUGACCUACAUUAAAUAUACCAGCAGGUUAAGGAUGUCUCUAGAAAUCUGAGGAUAGAAGCACCUCUCAGUAGAGUCCUCAGCUUUAGCAGCUGGAACACUGAGAGAAAGUAACUCUCCCUAGGAACAAACCAGUAAGGGACAUCAGUGUGACUCUGAGUAACCCUGGGGCCUACAGCUCUAGCAAAGAAAAGGUGAGCAUGCUAGAGCAGGUUUUUACUUAGAAGUGGGGAGCAGCAUGAAUGUGAAAUAGAGUACUGAAAAAGUCAAGUUGUCAAGCUCAGCAUAUGAAGUCAGAGGACGUGAGAGUCAGAGGUCGGUAGGGUGAGAGCUAGUACAAGACACAA